UUGUAACUGAUACGGUGUAGUUAUAAUGAAAGAACUAGUACUUGUUCUGUCCUAAUGUUUUGUUUACAUAUUAAACAUUUAAAAGAAAAGUUUCAGUAAAAUUUUCUGUCCGGGAAUAAUGUCGGGAGGGCAGACGUUAUCUGAAGAACAGAAAACAGCACUAAAGAAUGCUUUCGAAGACAUCGACAUAAACGGCACAGGAAAGAUCAGUAAAUCCGAGUUAAGGGCUGCAUUACAACUGAUCGGCCAGAAUCCCACAUCAGAAGAAAUGAUAACGUACAUGGAACGUUUGGGUGAUGGCGACUUUACACUGGACGAAUUUCUUGAAUACGUGGAACAACGAAUACCUAUAAAGUCACAAGAAGAGAUCGAUAAAGAACUGAUGGACGCUUUUGAGAAGUUUAACGACGACAGGGAUUUCCUGAUCAGUAAAGAGGAGUUUAAAAAAGUGAUGACGAAGUUAGGAGAUGAACCUCUAACUGAAGGAGAUGCUGAAUAUUUACUAGAAAGUCUGAGAAAUAUAGAGAAGAACGGGAUGUUUAAUGUUGCAGAAUUAGCCAGAUUAUUCAUGGGAUGACCUGAAGAGCGGAGAGCGUCGGAAACUGCCGAAGUUUGAACUUCCUAAUGAGAAAAAAAAAAUGAAUAUGCUCAAGCGAUUUAACUAGUUGAAAUUAGAUUGUUAAAGAAUUAAUUGUUUUGUGUUUGUGAAAUAUAAAUACGUUUUUCUAUAAACCAUGUACAAUAUAUGUAAAGGUAUUUGUUAAUUGUCAUUAAAUGUCUUUGUUUUAUGUCAGAGUAAAUAAAUGAAACGGAAGAAUGGUU